UUCGGGCGGUUGCGACGACUGAGAGGAGCUACCCCGGCGGGGGUAGAGCGGGGCGAGGCGAAGGAGAGGAGCCGCGAAGGAGGAGGAAGAGGAAGGCGAGCGGCGGCCGGGGCGCUGCUAUUGUUCCGCACCUGCCGCCGGCCGGGACACGUGGCGCCGCUGAGCCCCGCUCCUCGCCCCCCGCCGCUUGACCCGCACGCAGUCGCCCGGCACCAUGGGCAAGGGGGCUGGAAGAGACAAGUAUGAGCCCACUGCUACAUCAGAGCAUGGCGGAAAGAAGAAGAAGGGGAAGAAGGAGAGGGACAUGGAUGAGCUUAAAAAGGAAGUUACAAUGGAUGACCACAAGCUGAGCCUUGAUGAACUUCAUCGUAAAUAUGGAACAGACUUGAGUCGGGGUUUGACUUCUGCACGUGCAGCUGAGAUUUUGGCUCGUGACGGCCCAAAUGCCCUCACCCCUCCACCCACCACUCCUGAAUGGGUAAAGUUCUGUCGGCAGCUCUUUGGAGGAUUCUCACUCCUGUUGUGGAUUGGUGCUAUUCUAUGUUUUCUGGCUUACGGCAUACAAAGUUUGAUGGAGGAGGAGGCCAACAAAGAUAAUCUGUACCUGGGUGUCGUGUUGGCAGCUGUGGUUAUCAUUACUGGCUGUUUCUCUUAUUACCAAGAAGCAAAAAGUUCCAAGAUCAUGGAGUCCUUCAAGAACUUGGUGCCUCAGCAAGCACUUGUAAUCAGAAAUGGUGAGAAGAUGAGCAUAAAUGCUGAAGGAGUUGUAGUUGGAGAUCUAGUGGAGGUGAAAGGAGGAGACAGAAUUCCAGCUGACCUUCGGAUCAUAUCUGCACAUGGUUGCAAGGUGGAUAACUCCUCACUUACUGGUGAAUCAGAGCCUCAGACCAGGUCUCCUGACUUCUCCCAUGAGAACCCACUGGAGACCAGGAACAUUGCCUUCUUUUCCACCAACUGUGUGGAAGGCACUGCCCGUGGCAUUGUCAUUAGCACUGGGGAUCGCACUGUGAUGGGCCGUAUUGCCAGUCUGGCUUCUGGACUGGAAGGGGGGAAAACUCCAAUUGCCAUGGAGAUCGAGCACUUUAUCCACCUCAUCACUGGUGUGGCUGUGUUCCUGGGUGUUUCCUUCUUCAUCCUUUCACUCAUCCUUGAGUACACAUGGCUGGAGGCUGUCAUCUUCCUCAUUGGGAUCAUUGUUGCCAAUGUUCCUGAAGGGCUGCUUGCAACGGUUACGGUAUGUCUGACACUAACAGCCAAGCGUAUGGCUCGUAAGAACUGCUUGGUGAAGAACCUCGAAGCUGUGGAAACCCUGGGUUCCACAUCCACCAUCUGCUCUGACAAAACAGGCACUCUGACACAGAAUCGCAUGACAGUUGCGCACAUGUGGUUUGACAAUCAGAUUCAUGAGGCCGAUACUACAGAGAACCAGAGUGGUGCUUCCUUUGACAAGAGCUCGGCCACUUGGAGUGCUUUGUCCAGAAUUGCAGGUCUCUGUAACCGUGCUGUAUUUCAGGCCAACCAGGAAAAUGUACCAAUUCUUAAGAGAGCAGUGGCAGGAGAUGCCUCUGAGUCUGCACUUCUGAAAUGCAUUGAAUUGUGCUGUGGUUCUGUCAAGGAGAUGAGAGAAAGGAAUCCCAAAGUGGUGGAAAUACCAUUUAAUUCUACCAACAAGUACCAGCUGUCUAUCCACAAAAAUGCAAAUCCGUCAGAAUCCCGUUACUUGCUGGUGAUGAAGGGAGCUCCAGAGAGGAUCUUAGAUCGCUGCAGCACCAUUCUCAUUCAUGGCAAAGAGCAACCACUGGAUGAGGAAAUGAAAGAUGCUUUUCAGAAUGCCUACCUUGAAUUGGGAGGCCUCGGGGAGAGAGUGUUAGGAUUCUGUCACUUGGCUCUGCCUGAUGAUCAGUUCCCUGAAGGCUUCCAGUUCGAUACUGAUGACCUGAACUUUCCUGUAGACAAACUCUGCUUUGUAGGACUCAUGUCUAUGAUUGACCCUCCUCGUGCUGCUGUGCCAGAUGCUGUUGGCAAAUGCAGAAGUGCUGGGAUCAAGGUUAUCAUGGUUACUGGAGACCAUCCGAUCACAGCCAAAGCCAUUGCCAAGGGUGUCGGCAUCAUCUCUGAGGGCAAUGAAACGGUAGAAGAUAUUGCUGCUCGACUCAACAUUCCUGUCAGCCAGGUCAACCCUAGGGAUGCCAAAGCUUGUGUUGUUCAUGGCUCAGAUUUGAAGGACAUGACUAGUGAGCAACUGGAUGACAUCCUGAUUCAUCAUACAGAAAUUGUCUUUGCCAGGACAUCUCCUCAGCAGAAGCUUAUAAUUGUGGAAGGCUGUCAGCGACAGGGUGCCAUUGUAGCAGUCACAGGUGAUGGUGUGAAUGAUUCCCCAGCCCUGAAGAAGGCUGACAUUGGUGUCGCUAUGGGUAUUGCUGGCUCAGACGUCUCCAAGCAGGCAGCUGACAUGAUUCUGCUGGAUGACAACUUUGCCUCCAUUGUCACUGGGGUUGAAGAAGGGCGUCUGAUCUUUGAUAACCUGAAGAAGUCUAUUGCUUACACCUUGACCAGUAACAUUCCUGAAAUCACGCCGUUCCUGAUCUUCAUCAUUGCAAACAUACCCCUUCCACUGGGAACAGUAACCAUCCUCUGCAUUGACUUGGGCACUGAUAUGGUCCCUGCAAUCUCCCUGGCCUAUGAGCAAGCAGAGAGUGACAUCAUGAAGAGACAGCCCAGAAAUCCCAAAACAGACAAGCUGGUGAAUGAGCGGCUGAUCAGCAUGGCCUAUGGGCAGAUUGGUAUGAUCCAGGCCCUUGGAGGUUUCUUCACCUACUUUGUAAUCAUGGCAGAAAAUGGAUGGUGGCCUUCUGGCUUGUUAGGGCUCAGAAUUCAGUGGGAUGACCGAUGGGUUAAUGAUGUGGAAGACAGCUAUGGACAGCAGUGGACCUACGAACAGAGGAAAAUAGUGGAGUUCACUUGCCAUACAGCCUUCUUUGUCAGCAUUGUGGUUGUGCAGUGGGCAGACUUGAUUAUUUGUAAGACCCGAAGAAACUCUGUCUUCCAGCAGGGGAUGAAGAACAAGAUCUUGAUAUUUGGUCUCUUUGAGGAGACUGCUCUGGCUGCCUUCCUGUCCUACUGCCCUGGGAUGGAUGUUGCUCUAAGGAUGUAUCCUCUAAAGCCGAGUUGGUGGUUCUGUGCUUUCCCAUACUCCCUCCUCAUAUUCGUGUAUGAUGAAGUCAGGAAGCUCAUUAUCAGACACAACCCUGGUGGCUGGGUGGAAAGAGAGACCUACUACUAAAAAGCGCCUGUAAAACAUUCCACGCACAGCCCAUGCCACCUCUCCACCAUCUCCCCUGUGUGCAUACUUCCAUCUUUGCAAGAGCAGAACUGUGCCUGGGCAGGAGUGAGCUGAAACUAAAGGAAACAUGAAGAAACAUGGACUGGAGGAGAAAGCAAGGGGGAGGUUGGGGUGGGGGGGAGUGUCCGACCAUCAGUCCAGGGGGAUGAGAGUUUGAGUAGUUUUAUGUGCCUUUAUGUUUUUGUAAAAGGAAACCGAAGAUUUUAUAUGUGGAUUUUUACAAAUAAAGAUGGAUUAUAAGAGGAUGCCCCCACAUGGUCUUAGGUGGAUGUUUUUCUCAAGGCAAAAACUGGUUCAGGGCAGCUUCCCCCAUGGCUUAGGGUGUGGAUGUGAGUGCAAGGAUUAGUCCCUGGCUUCCAAUUUUUGUAGCAGGGAAGCUGAGUUGCUUGACCUGCAGACAACAGCAUGUGUGAAAGUGCAUCUUACUCUAUAGCUCAGCGCUUAAUGUGACAAACUACUUGCAAAGACUUGCAUUUCAAAGCCUAAAGCUCAGGAAUGCUUCCUGGCUUCCACUGACUGGCACUGGGAUCCAAGCAGACUUUUCUCAAAAUUCUGAGACUGAUUUUCCUUCUUGCUUUCCCAAGUGAAGGGAUAGUGUUUCCUAGUGUCCUCUGUGCAUGCACAUACUUGUUACAGCAUGGCACUUGCAUCCUGAUACUGGCUUGUGCCUCCUGUGGAGUGAGGUCAUAGGCUCAUCAUGGAUUCUACAUCCUCCACUUUUGAGGAAGGCAUUGCUGUUGUCUGGGGUCCAAGCUGUCUCUGGGCUGAAGUGAGUCAUGCUGCUUCCCUCUGAAUAUCUAGCCAUUUUCUGUAUGUUUUAAUUUACUGUUAAUGCCUGUAUGGCUUGCUUCUGUGAGGACUUGCUGAGAGAGUUGGCCCUUUGCAUGUGGACAGUCACCAUGAAGUCCUGACUAUUCAUUGCUCCUAGUGCUGUUGUGCUAAAGAUAUCUGGAGAUGCUUGUUCAAGCCCUUGGUCCUAUUCCUGAACUACUGGUCUGUGUCGCUCUUAAGAUAUGUGUCUACCUCUGCAAAGGAACACUAAACCACAGCACUGAAAGGCUCUGCAAUUAAAACUCCAUCUUGUCAUC